CUAAAUCUCAUUCUUUUCCUAGUUUUAAAAACAAAACAAGAAAAGACCACCAAACCCUAAUCUCAUGCCUUCACAGGUAUCAACAGUGAUAGUUGAUAACAAAUGUGAUAUGAAUAUGCUGGUAGUGUGGUCAAGGUUAGGACUGAUCAUCCAUUCUUUAUACUCACACAUCUGAUGGCUUCUGAGAGUCACAUUUACCAUCUCCAUCUUGUGUGUUCCAAGAUGUGGAAUCCAGCAUCCUCUCAGUAAAAUACAGAUGUCAUCCUUACUGACUGAAAGUUUUUCCCUGUCUAACCUGAUUGUAGAGCAUGCAAAAGAGAGACAAAGUGUUCUUUGUUCACCUGAGCUGUAUAUUGAUUUUCCUGUUUGUAUUUCUUACUGUUUUCCUGAUGUAGUUUUUUUUCCCCCCUCCCCUUGAAUAUAUUGUAUGUGGAUUGCAGUGGAUCCUCUUAGUACUCCUGGAGUUACAUUUUUAACAAUUCUCUCUUCUUUCAGAAGAAUGGCUGAUGGACAACCUGUCUGCAGAGAUUUGUUGGCUCAUUCUGAAGACCAGGAACAAACAGAGUCUUUGUGGACUUCCUUUGCUGAUGGCAGAGUCAGACUGAGAAUAGAUAACUCAUGUCCGCAGACUCCCAUAACAGUUCAUCAGAUGUUCAAGGAGAGCCUCGAAAAAUACGGAUCUCUUAAUGCUUUGGCCAGCAGAAAGAAUGGAAAGUGGGAGAAGAUAACUUUUUCAGAGUAUUAUUGCUUUUCGAGGAAAGCAGCCAAGAGCUUCUUGAAACUUGGUCUUGAGAGAUUCCACAGCGUAGCAAUCCUUGGAUUUAAUUCUCCAGAGUGGUUCAUCUCAGCUGUUGGAGCUGUGUUUGCUGGAGGAAUUGUCACAGGAAUAUAUACAACCAAUUCUCCAGAGGCCUGCCACUACAUUGCUUAUGACAGCAAAACCAACAUCAUGGUUGUGGAAAAUCGGAAACAAUUGGACAAGAUAAUGCAGAUCUGGAAUCGUUUGCCACAUUUGAAAGCUGUUGUGCUAUACAAGGAUUCAGUUUUGGAGAGACAUCCAAAUUUGUAUACGAUGGAAGAGUUUCUGAAGCUGGGAGACGACAUAUCUGAUGCUACUUUAGAUGACAUUAUUAACUCCCAAAAGCCAAAUCAAUGCUGUGUACUAAUAUACACAUCAGGAACAACUGGGAAGCCAAAAGGAGCGAUGCUGAGUCAUGACAAUAUAACUUGGACGUCAGCACAUUGCAGCAGAGCAGGAGAUAUGCAACCUGCAGAGGUCCAACAGGAGUCCAUUGUCAGUUAUCUUCCACUCAGCCACAUAGCUGCACAAAUCUAUGACCUGUGGACUGGAAUCAAAUGGGGAGAGCAAGUUUACUUUGCUGAGCCAGAUGCUCUGAAGGGCAGCUUGAUCAACACACUAAAAGAAGUGCAACCAACAUCUCACAUGGGAGUUCCCAGAGUAUGGGAGAAAAUCAUGGAGAAAUUAAAGGAUGCUUCUGCUCAGUCAGGAUUUGUGAAGAAGAAAAUGCUGUCAUGGGCUAUGUCAGUGAGCUUAGAGAGAAACCUGAACUGCUCAAGCAGCAGUGACUUGAAACAGUUCUGGACAAGGCUAGCAGACUACUUGGUGCUUGCUAAAAUACGCAGUGCAUUGGGUUUUUCUAGCUGUCAGAAGCACUUCUGUGGUGCUGCUCCUCUCAAUACAGAAACACUGUAUUUUUUUUUGGGUCUGAACAUCACCCUGUAUGAAGCCUAUGGCAUGAGUGAGACCACAGGCCCACAUUGCCUCUCAGGGCCGUAUAACUACAGGCAACACAGCUGUGGUAAACCAGUACCUGGCUGCAGAGUGAAAUUAGUGAAUGAAGAUACAGAAGGCAAUGGAGAAAUCUGUUUCUGGGGAAGGACUGUUUUCAUGGGUUAUUUAAACAUGGAAGACAAAACAAAAGAAGCCUUUGAUGAGGAUGGGUGGCUGCAUUCUGGAGAUUUAGGAAAACUAGACAAGGAUGGCUUUCUCUAUGUCACUGGAAGAAUUAAAGAUUUGAUUAUUACUGCUGGAGGUGAAAAUGUGCCUCCCAUUCCAAUUGAAGACGCUGUUAAAAAAGAACUCCCAAUUGUUAGUAACGCCAUGGUGAUUGGAGAUAAAAAGAAAUUUUUGUCCAUGUUGCUGACCCUAAAGUGCAUCCUGGACCCAGAUACAUCAGAUCCUACUGACAUCCUCACUGAACAAGCUAGAGAUUUCUGCCAAAAGAUCGGUAGUAAAGCCACUACAGUAUCAGAGAUCGUAGCUACAAGGGAUCAGGCGAUCUACCAGGCCAUUCAGGAGGGAAUCAACAAAGUCAACAUGAAUGCCACUAAUAGGGUUCACUGCAUUCAAAAAUGGAUAGUGCUGCCAAGAGACUUCUCUAUUUCUGGGGGAGAACUAGGUCCCACCAUGAAGUUAAAACGGCUCACUGUGCUUAAGAAAUACAAAAAUGAAGUGGACUCCUUUUAUGAAGAGUAAGAAGCCUUUCAUCGGAGCAGUAAGAAAGAUUUGUAAGCUACAGCAAGUAUUUCCUAAUCAAAAUCAUUAAGGAAAACUUAUGCUUGUUUUUAUUUUGUAGUCUGUUGAAUCAUGCACUAGAAAACUGCUAUGUUAAUUUAGUUACUCCCAAUACUCACCUGAUAGUUUGUCCUGCUCUGUACAGCGUGCCCAUUUUAUAAUAUCUAUUUUACAUUAUGCCCUAAAUGAGCAAGAUUAAUGAUAUCCUCAUAGGUUAUGUGAAGUGAGUAUAAGUUCUCUAGACUGAAACAGAAAAAACAGUGAUCUGCCCUUAUAAUUUGUUUGUUCUGCAGGAGGUUGCCUGGAGCUUAUGUGGUAAAUGAGUAGUUAGCAGUACCUGUUUAGUAAAGUUGUUAUACCACUCUGGAUAUAAAGCUGAUUAGUUUUUAAAAUAACAAUAAUAAAAAAUCCAAGGCCUAUUUUCUUUCAUCCUAGGGAAAAGUGUAUUUCUGUUCACUAGCUCAGCAUUUUGGAGCCCUCUUCCGCUUCUAUACCAGCUAGACUGCAGAGACUUUUCUGAAAGCAGCAGAUCAUCAUUUCUUAAAUCCAUGUUGAAGUAAGCAUUAUUAUUUCUCCUAAAACCAAACACUAAAAGUUGGGAAAACAGUUCCUGAAAAUGGAAAGAUACAAAGUAGGAAAUAUGGGAGCUCUCACCUUAAAGCACAAUUAACACAUUUUUAAGUAAAAGUAUUGCAACUCUACUUGCAUGUUUCAAUACCGAUGUUGUACUAAUGCUGACAACUGAAGCAUUUCUUCUUUCCCUUAGAAAAUAUAAAUCAUGAAGGGUUAAAAGGGCUGCUGAUAGUUCAGUCAGUGGUGGCAGAGAGUUAUAAUGGACAACAACUAGAGUCUGCAGCCAUCUUUCUUGAUUUAAAACCAACUAAUCAUGCAGAGCAGAAUAUUGUUUCAAUGAAAGUUUCACGAUCGGU